GACCUCAGCCUAACCGCCCAAUGCCACAAGAAAGUUCAUCUCCCCUCAAGAGCAAGUCGUCUCGGAUUGCACCAGACCAGAACGACUCGUCCUUCUUCGAGUCCACCGACAACGUCAGCGCUCCAGCCGACAAACCAUCAUACAUUCCUCCAUGGACCGAGCCCUACAUCAUUGGAGUGGCAGGAAACUCGGGAUCGGGAAAGACGUCGGUGUCGCAGAAGAUCAUCCAGGAGUUGAACCAGCCAUGGACGGUUCUUCUUUCGUUUGAUAACUUCUACAACCCGUUGAACGCGGAGGAACGACAACAAGCGUUUGACUGCAAGUUCGAUUUCGAUACUCCCGAGUCUUUCGACAUGAACCUCAUGUACGAAACGGUCAAGUCGUUGAAGCAGGGAAAGAAGACCGAGAUCCCCGUCUACUCUUUCAAGCUCCACAACAGGACGUCCAAAAAAACCACCAUCUACGGUGCCAACGUCAUCAUCAUCGAGGGAAUCUAUGCAUUACAUGACCAGAGGUUGUUGGACCUCAUGGAUAUCAAGUUGUACGUGGACACCGACUUGGACGUGUGUUUGGCCCGUCGUUUGACCAGAGACAUCCUCUACAGAGGCCGUGAUCUCGAAGGAGCCGUCCGUCAAUGGGAAACGUUCGUCAAGCCCAACGCCGUCAAGUUCGUGUUGCCCACCAUGAACAACGCAGACUUGGUGUUGCCCAAAGGGUUAGAAAAUGACACCGCCAUCUCCUUGAUGAUCCAGCAUAUCCAGAAACAAUUGUCCCACAAGUCGUCCAUGCACUUGAACCACCUCAAGGCUCUCGGAAGAGAUCUUUCAUUUGACAUCAAGAACGUGCCAAACUUGAAACUUCUCCCGUUGACCAACCAAACCAGGGGGAUCCACUCCAUUUUGUUCGACCAGAACACGGAAAGAUCCGACUUUAUUUUCUACUUCGACAGAAUGUGUGGUCUUAUCAUCGAAAAGGCCCAGGAAUUCUUGACCCAUUUCGACCCUGUUGAUGUUACCACCCAGGCCAACUACACCUACAAGGGGUUAAAGGUCAACGACGAAGUCAUUGCCGUCAAUAUCAUCAGAUCCGGAGACUGCUUCAUGAACAGUAUCAAAAAGACUUUUCCCGAAAUUUUGAUUGGAAAAUUAUUGAUUCAAAGUGACUCCAUGACAGGUGAACCACAAUUACAUUACGAUUCAUUACCUCCCAACAUGACCAAAUACAACAAGAAAAUCUUGUUGUUCGACUCGCAGAUCAUUAGUGGUGCUGCAUCGAUCAUGGCCAUCCAGGUGUUGUUGGACCACAGGGUCAAGGAAGAAGACAUUAUCUUAUGUACUUAUUUGUCCACCGAAGUUGGAUUGAGAAGAAUCAAGCAUGUUUUCCCUUCGGUCAACGUGGUCAUUGGUAAGUUGAGUUCAAUGGAAGACAAAGCCGAUUUGUGGUACAACGAAGAAAGAUUCAAGGACAGUGACUGGUUAUUCAGAAAUAGAUUCAUUGAUGGACUUUAUUUCGGCACACGUUAAGCAUGCAUACAUAAAAUACAGACUGAUUUUAUUAGAUUGAAAUGUAUUCUACUCUUUUC